AUGACUUCUAUUGCUGGCCGCGCUCACCUACAGGCGUCUUCAACGUCAGCAUCUCCUCCACCACAUCAGCCACAGAAGCGUAUUAGAAGACUACCACCAGAAAAGAGGCAAAAAGUCUCUACUGCUUGUGAUUCAUGUAAAAGGCGGAAAUUCAAAUGUACAGGAUCAAAUCCAUGUGAUUUAUGUGUUAGAAAAGGAUAUGAGUGUACAUACACAGUAAUUGACAAAAGAUCCCUAAAGAGUGAACGAUUAUUCAGAUUAAGGGAAGAAAAAAGACUACGGGAAGAGGCACGGGGGUUAUUGGGACCCCAGUUUGGAUCGGAUAUCAACAAAGGAACUAAUUUUUUACAACCUGGAGCUUCAAUACAGCAAGCAGAAUUUGUACCACCACCACAACAACAGCAACAGCAACAGCAACAACUAUAUCACCCACAUCAAGUACUACAGAACCCCCCUCCUCCUCCGCAUAUUCCAGCCCCUAGGGUAUACCAGCAACAACCAUAUCCCAAACAACAAAUCACACCACCUGAUGCACCUCCCUAUCAGCUGCCACAGUCACAGACACAGGCAUAUCAACAACCAUCGCAACAAUCAUUCCAACAGCAACCACCUUCACAAUUUCACCAAAUUCCUCAGGGUUAUCAGGCUGCUCCGCCCCCUCCACCACAGCUGCAAUACCCAUCCUACCAACCAUAUCAAAGAUUAUCUAUUCCGGUUUCACCUCGAUAUUCGCUGAAACUAUAUCCCCGUCAGGGGCAGCAAUCAAAUGCUGCAGAUUCAAGACCAGUAUCCUUAAGUGGUCCUCCAUCAUACAAUCAAGGCCCUUUUUAUGGAUCCCCGUCUGGACAUAGUCCAAUGGGACCCCCAGAAGCACUGCUUCCACCACCAUAUUCACAAGCAGCACCUCAAAGAGCUCCGCAGUCUCCCUUUCCUGCGCCACAAUGCCAACCUCAAAUUCCGCAACAUUUUCAACCACAACCCCAUAUUAAUCUGUCACAUGAUCAAUAUGGUACACAGCAACUGUCACAGUACCAACAUGGGCACCCCCUUCCUCCGCCACAAAGUAAGCCAUACAAGUCAGAAGCCGCAGAACCUCAUUUACAAGAAGAGCAGAAACCGAAUGUUCUACAGUCACAACAAUCCUUUUCGUUUACAAAGAAGGGACCUGAGCCAUCGCUGCAAUCAGCAAGUAUCCCUACUCCAGAUUCUCCAAUAUCCAAUACAUCUGAAAAGACCAGAGCUGGUUCCCUACCCAAGUUUCUUCAACCAUUGCUUUCUUUCCCACUGAUGAUGAGCGAAAAGGAGCUUAACAAUGGAUUCUCAGAGUCUGAAAAUGGAGUAGAUAUUUCUUCUUUGAAAACUGGGCCUAGUAGGAGAGGCACCAAGAAAGAGAAGAGUUCUACGGCAAGCAAAUUGCAAAAACAAGUUGACUCAAAUGCCAUUAUUGAUGAAGAAAUUGCCAAUGAAAUGGCCGGUGAUGUCGACUCGCUGGACCCUAAAGAUGGUGUGUCCAACCAAGCGGGUAAAAGUUGCAUUUUACUAAAUGACAAGUCUGGUACGUUUAGAUAUAUGGGUGAGACUAGCCCCCUUUCCGUUUUGUAUGAAACGAGGAAUAUAUUUUAUCAAUAUGUGAAAAAGACUAAAUUGACAGAGGAUUUACGCGGAUGCCCCGUGGUUGAUAAACCUCUUAAAGUGACGGCUGAAGUUGUGGUACUGUUACCCCUACCCGAAGAAAGAAAUAUCUAUAUUGAACAAUUUAAACGAAACAUCAAUGAUACAUUUUUCAUUUAUGAUUUGGAUAAAUUUUACACCGAAAUUGUUGAUCCAGUGUAUGUGGAUCCUGUCAGUGCUGAAAAUGAAACUAAAUUAGUUCAGUUGUAUUUUGUUUUGGCUAUUGGUGCGACUUAUCUUUCAUUUAGUAAUAAAGAACCCCAUGCAACAUUGGGUGCGAAAUAUUUCGAGUCAGGUUUACUUAUACAGAACUCACUUUCUGAAGAUUCAGAAAUGUGGUGUGUUAUUGCUCAUUAUUUACAAUUCCAUUACUACCAAUCGAUACUAAAGAAAUCAACUGCUUGGAUUCACUUAAAUUUAGCCAUAAAGUUUGCUCAAUCACUUGGGUUACAUCGUAAUUUUGUGAAUGAACAAUUUUCCAAAUUUACUGAUGAAUGUGAAUACAGGAAACGUAUUUUUCGAAGUCUUUAUUCCAGCGACCGAAUUUCAUCAGUUUUCAUUGGUAGACCAUUAGCAAUCAAUGAUUAUGAUUGGGAUGAUCCAACAAGGUAUGAACUGUCCAAAACGUUAAUAUCAUCGAGCCUCAAUUUCAAUGCCAAGUGCCAAAUUGAAUUGGCAAGAAUUAGUCAUUUGAUUGGUAAGAUUGUUGCCAAUUUCUAUCAAAAUAGAAUAAUUGAUAUCAACAGGACUAAGAACUUGGCAGUGCAAUUGAAAUUAUGGUCGAAAAAUCUAGAUCCAUCAUUAUCAGUGGAAAAUUUAUUCAAGCCUAACGGAAUUCCCCAUAAUGAAGAUGGAGGUAAUACUCAAAUUGUAUUGAUGAUGCAUUUAUUACAAUUAUUUGCCAUUAUGUUACUUUGUCGACCUUUUUUCAUGUAUGACGCAGUGUCUCAUGUUAAUACCGCAUUCCCCAAAACCACCACAUUAAAGGACAAGUUCUCAUCAAGACAAUUUAUUCAAGCAGCUACAAAAGCAUCGAUAUUAGCGGUGAAAUUGAUGAAUCAUUUUAUCAACACUUCAUUUAGAGAGGUGAAGCGAAUGGAAUGUUAUAUCAUCAUAACUUGUUGUUUCUAUAGUUCAAUCUUCAUUGGAAUCAGUAUCUUGAAUGGUAAUUACCAAUUUGAUGUUGACGAAGCUGAUGAAGAAGAACAAGGAAGUUACACUGAAACAGAAAUGAUGAAUUUGUUACGCAGUGCGGUUUACAUUUUGAACCACUAUUCAACUUGUAAUAAGGGUGCAGAAAGGUAUGCAGAAAUUGGCACUGAUUUAAUUGAUGCAUUGGCCAAUAGACAUAAAACUAAACAAUCAUCGUCGUCUUCAACAGUAAGAACAGCAAAUACUCACAGUGAUGACGGCAACGAAUCCUUACUUGAUGCAGAUGAAGUUUUCAAUUAUUUCAAUUUCACUGAUGUUGCCAAUGCUCAAGAUUUACAAAACUUGAUUGAUUUUCAACAGUUUUUCGUGUCACUGGAUAUUACCAAUGCAUCAGUUUCAGAUUCGAGUAAUAUGCCUUAUGAUUAUGGAAACUAUGAUUUAUUCUUUGGUGAUAAAUACUAA